AUGGCUUCUCAAGAAUUUACUGUAUUAUACACUCACCAAAAAAUGAAAAAAUCAAAAACGUGGCAAGAUGGAAUUCUGAGGAUUAGAACCGGCGGAAAUAAGGCUGUCUUGUUUGAUGAUAAAGGACAAUGUUUGGAGAGUAUUUUUAUAAAAUCUCAGGUGAAUGCUGGAGAUAAUUUAGAAAGUGAACGAUACUUGAUCACAGUCGAAGCGGUGAAAGCGAAUGAAAAAUCUUCUGAAGAUCAGCCAGGGAAAGCAGGAACUCCAGCAGUGGACAGAAAUGGUGUAAAACCCGGUGUUUUGCCUCCAAGACAUCCGUCUGUUGGCUUGAAAAGGAAGUUUACAGGUUUCCAAGGGCCACGCCAAGUUGAAAAGAAAAUAUCAGCAAUGGAAGAUGGAGAAAAACCAACAGCGUUGCCUUCAUCUAAGCAGUGUCAGGGUACUUUUCCAUCCAAGUUUUAUGUUACCUCUCCGUUAUUUUCUACGAUUUGCAAGAAGGAUGCAGAAACAAAUCUACCCGCAGACGUUCAUGAAGAUGCCUGUGCGGAUAAGGACAGAGGACACAUGUCUCUCUCCUCACUGCUUUCAGCUCCGUUCCUUGACAGAUGGGAGGAGACAGAGAAGCGAAACUCUGAUCAGGCCGUUGUGAAGCCAGAAUCUCCUCUAAUUACUGGGCACGCCGAAUCUAGUAGUCAGACAGCCGGUCACGGGACGGUGUCGCACAGCAUCAGGAGCACAGCUCAGAUAAUAGCUCUUUUGAAGUCUAAACCAACACAGGGGUGCAGAGAGCAAACAACGCCUGAAGUCACAGAAUGUCUUUCUCGGUUUCAGGCAUCAGAAAACGCAGGUGGUUUAUAUAACAAAAAAAGCACAAUCCUACCUGCUUUUUCAGGCAACCCUGCCAAAAGACUCAUUCAAAAUACUGGGCACCUGCCUUUUACGAAGGGAACUGUAAAUGAUAAAAAGGCAUGGAAUCCUGAAACGCUUCUAAAUUCAGCUGAACGGCCUUGUGAUGAAGAAGUCACGGGACAGAGACGUGACAAAAAGGCAAAUAACUUAAGCCAAGAUUUACAAGAUUCCUGCAAUACAAAUAGUUCCUUCCUACCCGAAUCCACCAUGAGUAGAAUGAGCGACAGUCAGUUUGUCCCAUCCUCAGGUGACGUUCCGCGUUCGGCAAGUCCAACCACCUUUGAAAAAAAUCUCUCCAGAUACAGGGAGCGUUCAGUGACCGAGAGCCUUAAGGAGAAUUCAUCUGUGAAGCUGCAAAGCGAGCUUCCGCCAAGACAAAAUUCAGAAAGAGUGCCUAGUGACCUGGAGCUCUCUGUGGACGUCACGUUGACCGAAGCUGGAAUCGUAAAGGAGGAAUUAAGUACGCCUGGCAAAGACUGUGAUCCAGAUGAACAGGUGAUGGAGGUUAACUUUAAUCUAAUGGAGGCUUUUGAUUUUAAUGACACAGACAAUGAAGACCUGUGUGAAAGAGAUGCGAAUAAGCUCGCUGAAGGAGACAUGCUUUCACAAAGUCCAGAUUGCUUAAAGGGAGAAGACGCAGCACAAAAUAGUGCGUUGAGACUUCAUUCUUGCUGUGAAGUGACACACAGUAAAAAAGAAGCAGUCAAGUGCUCAACAUUUGACGGAGAGAAUGAUGGAAAUCACUGCACUGAGGGUAUACCAUCUCAGCUUUGCGACAACAAUGUCGGCGAUACGGGGAGAAUUGCAGAAGACUCUGCAAACCAGACCAGAAUUGAAGCGGAACUUCUGGGUGACGGACACAACGUAGAAGAGAUGGAUGAAAGUCAAUUAAGUACCGAAGCCACACACAAUAACAAGGAUCUUGAUGGCUGUGCAGCGCGUGCCGUUAAUGGCACGUCAUGGAUAAAAAGCAAGCGCUCUGCUCUUUUGCCUGGUGACACAAAUGUUGAUGAAUGUUACCCCCAAACCAGUAUGUUUCAGAACGCUGGAAGUAUUUCAUGUAUUUCUACCAGCAGAAUAGUUUCUGCAGUGGACAAAAGGACCGAAGAAGAUGUUAUACAGCUUGGACGCAUGAAAUCCCCAGAUGUUGAUUUAGAGCACUGCUGGGGUACUAAGAGUGAUGACAUGACACCAGGUAGUCCUUUGCUGGCUUUGUCACGAAAAUCAGAUCCUAGCUAUGGCUCAUUCCAGUAUAUUGCCAAAGACCAUCAAAAGGUAUUUGGCAUUUCACAUAAGGAAGAUACUCUCAUUUCCAGAAGUUCUCUCUGUCCUUUAGGAAAAAGCCAUUCACCUCCAGAGGAAACGGCAAUAGGUGAAACCGAGUUUGAAAAUGUAGAGAGCAUAAAUGCCUUUCAGGAAGCCCGCAAAGGUGACAGAAUAGGAAUGGAUUGCCUGAAAUGCACGGCAAUGGCUGAAAAUUCAUCAGAUCUUCCCGAUUUGGUGAACAGUAUCGCUCUUCUAAGAGCUUUGACUCAACAUAGCACAGCAUUAGAAAGCUUACAAAAGAUGGAGGAAAAUAAUAGCAUAUUAUAUGAAGCAGAGACUUCUAAAGAGAGAUUGGAACCCCUUGUGAAAGAUGAAGCUAUAAAACAGUUUACAGAAAUGCCUUACUCAGAAAGAAUACAGGCAUCUUCCUGUUCAUACUUUGAUUCUUCUGGCCUUAUGAAAACACAGCCAGGUACUCUACCAGUAGCGGCGGCCCAAAGAGACCCUAGGACAUCUGACUGCCGACCAAAGCCUGUUGCAUUUCAAGGGCACCAAGUAAAGGGAUCGGCAGCUAGUGAGAUCAUGUUGAGAGCUCCCUGCUCACAGCUAGCAUGGCAGCAGUACCCAGAUAACAUGGAGUUUGCAGCUGAGAGAUUUUUGUCACCCCUGUUUUCAAGCAAUGAUGUCCUUUCUGACUUCAGACAGUCUCCAGGUUCGAGAAGUCUUCAUGAGGAUGAUAUCAACUUUAUCAGAGAAGGGAAUUUUCAAAAGAAGUCUAACAUUAUUAAAGAGUCAAGAACAGAUCAGUCCCCAUUGGCAUGGCAUGUGUCUCCUGAAGUUCCACCGUGGACGACGUCAGGCGCACCUUCACGUUCUGAUCUGAGACAAACGCAGUGGACUUCAUGGGAACCUGACAAGAUGAUUUCAUCAGUAGAACUGACUUCCUCACUUGAUCCAGACUCUACAAUUUCUCCAGCUUCAGGAAGUGAGGAAACGAUUGGAGACAUCCCGGAGCCCCUGAUACACAGGAUCUUGCCAACAUGGGAGAGAUCCAGCGAUCCAGAGGAAUGCAACCUCUCAAGAUUCAAACCUACAGUUAAAACACGAACUCCAUUUGUCACUCUUCCUGCCACUGAGAAGAUUCCUGACGCGGUUUAUCCAACUGACAGCGAGGAGGUCCAGCAAUCUUUCGGCUCUUCAGUAGUCAAUUUAUGCAACAAGUCAGCGGUAUUUCCUAUUAGUGCUUUUGGCCCCGAGGACAGAAAUUAUGAAACCUCUGUGUUUGGAGAGUAUACGGAAGACAGACAAAGGGAAUCUGUACAGCCAGCGUUCCCUAAUGUGGCUUCACAGUAUAGACAAAGCAAGUGGCUAAAAUACCAAAACAGCGCUCAGUGUGACUUGAUAACUCAAAACAGCGACGAUAGGGACAUGACUGAUGACAUCUGUGCUGAGAACGCCCUUGGAAUGCCGCUGGGUGACACGGGAGAGAGCAGCGCCGUGAAAAAAAGUGCUCCCGGCUCUGCACCUCUACUGACAGCAAAAAGCACGCUUGGUAAAUGCUGUGCAAAUACCAGCAACCAAGAUUUGAUUUCAGGGAGGAAGUUACUUUCUCUGCGCUUAAGUCAGACACCUUUGACUGAAGCAACACAAAAGGUGUUAAGUCAUCUGAGCUGCCACACCGUAAGAGGAGACAGCCAGGACAUAACGAUUUCUGAGUUGUCUUUUCCUAAUGUGGAUAAAGUAAAAUAUGCUAAUCUUCCUAAAAGAAAGAUGUCCAUACCAACUGUGUUUCAGUCUCACGUUCACUACAAACAGAUUUUUAAAGCUGCUCUGAUAGAGCAAUUAAACAUAGUGCUAUUUGAGUUGUCACAAAGAUUACACAGUGCUCUUUCAAAAGUGGAUAUAUCGUUUUACACUUCAUUGAAAGAUGGGCAAAGUAAGAGCGAAGAAAGCUGCGUUCCACUCUGCAAUCACAUGCAUCCUGCCAAGCUUGUUACGGUUAAAAAAGAAGGUCAAAACAAGGGUCGUUUGUUCUAUACCUGUGAUGCCCCAAAGGCUGAGCAGUGUUCGUUUUUCAAGUGGAUCGAAGAUGUGAACCCCGCACAGAUAAAAUCCACACCUAGUGUAGUGCUUCACGAUAUCAAAAGUAUUGGGACAUACCUCAGAAGUCAAAAGAUUUCUCUCUAUGAGGGAUGCCAGCUUUUGGUGAGGAAAGCCUUUGAAAUUCAAACACAGCGGUGUAGUAAGUUCAAGAAGUUUAUGAAUACACCUGCCAGAUUCGAUGGCGAUUCCAAAACCAAAUUAUACCUCAAACUGAGCAGAAAGGAGCAUUAUUCUCUGUAUAGCAAAGAUGAUAUUUGGGUUGUUUCGAAGACUCUGAACUUUGAGCCCCUUGAUACUUUCAUUGCAAGUAGUGCUUUCUUUGGACCAUCCUCCAACAAUGAAGUAGAAUUACUACCACUGAAAGGCUACUGUCCCUCAAACUGGCGAUCAAAUAUGUUUGUUCAUGCCUUGCUGGUUUGCAAUGCUAGCGGUGAGCUUACAUCUUUAAGAAAUCUGGAGGAGCACUUCAAUCCAUCUACGUUACCACUAAUACCAUAUCUACUCAAAACGAAUUUCGAUUCUGAAAAUGCUACCAAUAGAGUCAACAAAAGAAAAUUUAUUCCACCUGCCAUCAGCCUGAAACGCGCAAUGAUGUAUGGGCCUGUCAGCACUGAAGUGGCAAUGGGACUAGCUACGAAGAUGAUCCAAACGUUCUCGUUGAACCCAGAUCAAGCCACAUCACUGAUUCAAAUAGCUCAGAUGAUGACCUCACGUGAAAACAGCAAACCCGUGGAAGAACAUCAGACCUUCCCUAUCACAAUCAUACGUGGUGUGUUUGGAGCUGGAAAGAGCUAUCUGCUGUCUGUUGUGAUCUUGUUCCUAGUGCAGCUCUUCGAAAGCAGUGAAGCUACGGAGGGUCCAAGGCCAGCUCCGUGGAAACUUCUGGUUGCUUCUUCCACCAACGUUGCCGUUGACAGGAUACUGCUGGGUCUACUUGAUCUUGGAUUUGAGGACUUUAUCAGAGUGGGAAGCAUUAGGAAAAUCACCAAAGCGAUUCUUCCCCAUAGUUUACAUGCCGGCUCAGGAAAUGAAAAUGAGCAGUUAAAAGAGCUGCUUGCGCUCAUGAAAGAAGACUUAACUCCAGCUGAAAAAAUAUACGUAAGGAAGAGUAUUGAGCAACAUAAACUGGGGACCAAUAAAACUAUACUGCAACAGGUAAAAGUGGUCGGAGUGACCUGUGCUGCCUGCCCGUUCCCUUGUCUGAACAGCCUUAAGUUUCCUGUCGUGAUGCUGGAUGAGUGCAGUCAGAUGACUGAACCUGCUUCUCUCCUUCCUAUCGCAAGGUUUCAGUGCGAAAAGCUAGUCCUUGUUGGAGACCCUAAGCAAUUACCGCCAACUAUUCAAGGGUCCGAGAGUGUUCAUGAAAAGGGAUUGGAGCAGACUCUCUUUGACCGGCUUUGCUCAAUGGGACAUAAAACAAUACUUCUUCGGACGCAGUACCGAUGUCACCCUGCUAUUAGUGCCGUAGCCAACGACCUCUUCUAUGAAGGAAAUCUGAUAGAUGGUGUUUCCGAGGAAGACAGAAGUCCUUUAUUGGAUUGGCUUCCAACACUAUGUUUUUAUAGUGUUAACGGGGUAGAGCAAAUUGAAAGAGACAACAGCUUUUAUAACAUGGCAGAAGUUCAUUUUACAGUCAAGCUCAUCCAGUCCCUGAUUGCAAGUGGAAUAGAAGGAUCUGCAAUCGGUGUGAUUACUCUUUAUAAAUCACAGAUGUGUAAGAUUCAGAAUUUGCUCGCCGGCGUACGCUCGGAGGCUUUUGAAACUAAAGCUGUCCAGGUGUCCACUGUAGACGCGUUCCAAGGAGCCGAGAAGGAGAUCGCCGUUUUGUCGUGUGUAAGAACAAGACAAGUUGGGUUCAUAGACUCAGCAAAGAGAAUGAACGUUGCGCUAACGAGAGCCAAGAGGCAUUUGUUGGUUGUUGGAAAUCUGGCCUGUUUAAGUAGGAACAGACUGUGGGGAAGAGUAAUUCAUCACUGCAAAGGACGGGAAAACGGAUUACAACACGCAAGCCAGUGCGAGCAGCAGCUAAACGACAUUCUGAAGCGUUACUUGGAGAAACGGAAGGAAGAGGAACAGAGUAAGAAAAAGGAAAACUAAAACGAGCGCCUG